GCCACCCGCUGCGGCAAGCGCUUUUUUGACCGCUUCUGCCGUCUCCCUCCUCACACGGCACCCGGCUCGCGUCUCUCCUCCCCCCUACUACUCUGAUCCACCGGGUAGUACUAGACGCGCUACUACUGCCGCUGUACUGCUCUGCCACCACUUCUCCACUCCACUCCACUCUCCUCUACUACCACCGCCGCUCUCGUCUCGUCUCGUCUCGACUCGACUCGCAUUGCGCCUGUGCUGUGCUGUGGUGGUGGCCGCGCGGGGGGCGAGAUGGCCGGAGGAGGUGGGGGAGGGGGAGGGGCGGCGCCGGCGCCGAAGCACGACGAGCUGACGCCGCACCCCGUCAAGGACCAGCUCCCCGGCGUCUCCUACUGCAUCACCAGCCCUCCUCCGUGGCCUGAGGCCAUUCUUCUUGGUUUCCAACAUUAUCUGGUUAUGCUGGGAACUACAGUUAUCAUACCAACUGCACUCGUUCCGCAGAUGGGAGGAAACAAUGAGGACAAGGCUGUUGUUAUCCAAACAUUGCUGUUUGUGGCUGGGAUUAACACCCUUUUGCAGAGUUUCUUUGGAACCAGAUUACCUGCGGUGAUUGGUGGAUCAUACACAUUUGUUGUACCAACCAUCUCAAUCAUCCUUGCUGGUCGUUAUGCCAACGAACCAAAUCCACACACAAAAUUCCUCCGAAUCAUGCGUGGAACACAAGGUGCAUUGAUCGUGGCUUCUGCUCUACAAAUCAUAUUUGGUUUCAGUGGCCUUUGGCGUAAUGUUGCAAGGUAUCUGAGUCCAUUGUCAGCUGCUCCACUGGUGAUGCUAGUCGGCUUUGGACUUUAUGAGCUUGGUUUUCCCUCGGUUGCCAAGUGUGUUGAGAUUGGUCUUCCAGAACUUAUCCUCCUGGUGAUCUUCGCAAUGUACCUGCCUCAUGCUAUACACAUGAUGAAGUCUAUCUUCGACCGUUUUGCUGUUCUGUUCACUAUUCCUAUAGUGUGGCUCUAUGCAUAUCUGCUCACAGUUGGAGGCGCGUACAGGAAUGCACCACCAAAGACCCAGUUUCAUUGCCGAACUGACCGUUCUGGAAUAAUUGGUGGUGCUCCUUGGAUAAGAGUUCCCUAUCCCUUUCAAUGGGGUGCUCCAACUUUUGAUGCUGGUGAAGCUUUUGCAAUGAUGGCUGCUUCAUUUGUUGCUCUGGUGGAGUCUACUGGUGCUUUCAUUGCUGUUUCAAGGUAUGCUAGUGCCACACCUCUCCCACCCUCUGUACUUAGCCGUGGAAUUGGUUGGCAGGGCAUUGGCAUUUUGUUGGAUGGGCUAUUUGGGACUGGAAAUGGUUCUUCUGUAUCAGUUGAAAAUGCUGGAUUGCUAGCUUUGACACGUGUUGGUAGCCGAAGAGUGGUGCAGAUAUCAGCUGGUUUCAUGAUAUUCUUCUCUAUUCUGGGAAAAUUUGGAGCUGUCUUUGCAUCAAUACCUCCGCCGAUCUUUGCAGCUCUCUAUUGUAUCUUCUUUGCAUAUGUCGGUUCUGCUGGGGUUGGUUUCCUUCAGUUCUGCAAUCUCAAUAGUUUCAGGACCAAGUUCAUCCUCGGGUUCUCAGUUUUUAUGGGCCUUUCUGUUCCUCAGUACUUCAACGAGUACACAUCUGUUGCUGGUUAUGGUCCUGUUCAUACACACUCAAGAUGGUUCAAUGACAUCGUGAAUGUCAUAUUCUCGUCAAAGGCAUUCGUUGCUGGCUUUGUUGCAUAUUUGCUGGACAACACGAUUCACAGGCAUGAUAGUUCUGUCAGAAAAGAUCGAGGACACCAUUGGUGGGAUAAAUUCCGAUCAUACAGGACUGACACAAGAAGCGAGGAGUUCUAUUCCCUGCCGUUCAACCUGAACAAGUUCUUCCCAUCAGUAUGAGCAUACCGUGGCUAAUGCAAGAGUAGGUUACUGUGUACUGUCUGUCCCUUAUGAACAGGUUCCCUGGAAGUGGCAAACUGUUGGCCUGAAUUCUCUAGGUAUGUGGAAAUCGUAGACCUUUAAACAAAAGGGAAUCCUGUGGUAUGAACAAAAAAAUAUUGGUGGAAUUAUGGCACGGAUGUAUAUUUUAACCUAUCUGGGGGCAAUAGUAGGAAAUUUUGGCUACUCAUUUGCACAUGAAAAUGGCUCUUGAUUCUUACAUCAUGUGGGCUAUCUCACCUAGAAAGGAGUUGAAUGGAUUGACAACGCCAUUUUAAUACUACCUCUAUUUUUUUUUGUUUGACGUUGGAUGUCAAAUAAAGAAAAAUGGAGGAAGUAUCAUUGUAUGAUCAUACCAGUGAAGCUAAAAUCUGUAUGUAGGCUUUAGUAUACAAUGGAAUGGUAUCUUUAUUGUGGUUGGUA